UAAAGAAUGGCUUCUGAAAAAUGAAAAACAAAAAACGAAAAGAAUAUCCGUAUUUAUUUUGAGAAGGUUUUACAGCGAUAGUGUUAGACAUCCAGAUCCAAAGCCCAAAGGAGAGAACCAUCCCCAAUUCCACAAACCAAGAGAGAGGCAGACCCCAAUCUGCAACUGCAUAAAGAGCGCGAAGGCCAUUGUCCUCCAUCCCACCGUUCCCGAUUGUCUGUUAAAGUUGGCACGGCGCCGUUUUUUUUCUCAUGAUUUCUUCGUCUUGUAAGUCUCCCUGGAGCAGCACUGAAAUCCGAACUAUCCGACGUGGUUCGAUCUGUUGUUGUUUGUGACGUCAAAAACAUGGUGAAAGCUGUGGUUGGAGAAGAAACCCAGCUCCAUCUAGCCGAGGAUCGUCUCUCUCAAUCUUCAGUUUCCGCCCAGGUAGGUAUGGUGAUAGGGAAGCUUAGUUCCACUAUGGACCGAGCCUUCGUGUUCGAUUUAGUACCUACUCCUCAAUACGAUGCCGGACAACCAGCUUGUUCGAUUUUGGAGCCAGCUGAAGACGACAAGAAAAAGGAAUCGAAAUCCAAGUCGCAUACAUCUGAUUCUUCCUCUUCUUUGGUCAUUGACAGGGAUUGGAUCGCUGAACAUGCUCGCCAGGUGCCAAGAAUGAUGGUUGGUGGAAUGAAAGUAGUGGGUAUAUACGUGUGGGCUAGUGAGGCCGUAUUCAAGAAAUUUACCGUGGUGCUUUGCCAGACUGUGAAAAGGAGGUGCUGGAGCAGCAUCCUUUUUGGAGGAUGCUCUGGAUGAAAGAUUGCUUAUUCACAUAUGUUAUAGUCCAAGGAGGUAUUUUCUGUCUUCAAAUAUCACAUCAAGCAGCUUGCGGCCUUGUGACUUCAAAAUGGGAAGGGUCUUAGCUUCUCUUUAAACUUUUAAGUGCUUGUACAACUUCAAUCUCGGGUAACUUGUAUUGUCUAUUCCACUCCUUUAUCUUAAUCAAGGUUCUUUACCAUGGCAAAGCUCUACUAUAUGGCUUGAGAAGGUGCUGGCCUUUUCAAAUUUGAACUUGAUUAUGUUUUCACCAUUGUUUAAUUAGUAUUUCUAACAUUUAGUAAUUUGUUUAUAUUCUGUGAAGCAUGCAGCCAGAAAGAUGUUAUAGGUGUUGUCAGUUUUACCAGCUCUGUUUGUUCCCUUUCAUUCUUGAAUUCUUAGGAACCAAUUUCACAGGCUGUUGCUGAUAUAAAGUUACCUUAUUUACUUCUAAUUUAGACUUUAUUUCUUGAUUUAGAUGAUAACAUGGUCUUGUUUUGAUAUUUCAACUUUUAAGUGUUCGAAAUGUCCCUUGUGAGAAAUAAAUGGGAUUAGAUGUUGCAUCUCUACGUGAUAUCAUCAGAAGUUUGCAAAGCAGGCUGGAUAUCAUUUGUGAUAAAGAAGAUGAAGAUCUAGGGCCAACUGAUGAGGGAAUUAAGAAGCAAGCAAUGACUGAUUAUCUGAAAAGCCAGUUUCCCAACUUGUUUUGUGAUCCUUGAGGUGCAUUAGCUGUGUUGUAAUAAGUCUUUAUUUUAUUAAAAUGGACCUAACUGUGAUUAGAAUGCUUAUUUGCUGUCUCAGUCAAUCAAUUGCUAAUUUUCUCUUUUCUCUAUCAAUCCAUUUGAGGAGUGAUGCUUCUGUUGUUCAGAUCCCUGCUAUAGGCUUUCUUCAACUGAAAUACUGUUCAUUGUUAGUUAUCAUGGCUUCAUGCUAUUAAAUUUGAGAUUUUCGACUAUGUUGUGGCUGCAUUAUUGAUUACAUAAGCAGAAAUGUAAGGUCUUUACCACAUUGAACAGAAGCACCUUCCCAAAAUAGCAUAUGCUUUUAUGUAUUCAAGCUUGUAUGCUCUCUAUACUAAAGAUACAUGUUUCUUCCUCCAUUUCAAGCUUGCACCUCAUAUAUGACCUUUUAAUUCAGUCUUUGUUUAAUGAUUAACAAGUUGAAGGAAUGAAAGUUGAUAUAUUCCCCUUAUUUUUUGCAAUAUUGAUGAUAUCUGCUGCAUGGUAAACAAUUCGAAACAGGAAAAUUUGCAAUCUUUCAUUACCUCGAAGGGUCUUUGUUCCUUGGUUGCCGGGUAUAUUUAUCUAUGACUAGCUACACUCAUCCAAGACACUUGAGGUUCUAAAAGAUCAUUGUGUUGAGUGAUGUCCAUGGAAGCUUCGGAAACUGAAGAAAAAGCCCUUGGAGUUAUCGCUAGGUCUUUUUGGGAUGUAGUCCUCCCCUACUCUUCAGCACCUAGCUCUUCCCAAGAAAAGAGUAGAGAAAUUACUAGCACAGAAAAUAGCCAGAAAACUAUCAAGUCACCCACUAUCAACUUCAUAGGUGCUGUUUUUUUGCUCCUCCUCUCUGUUGUUGUUGGUUACUUACACUGAAUAAACAUUCAGUACUUAAAUGGAGUAUUCUGAGAAAUCAAUCACAUUUCAAGUAGCUUUUUUUUAUCAAGUUUGAUUGCUUCGAAUUAUAAAAAAUAAAAAAGAAAAAAGAAGGAAAAAUUUGUUCUCACAACUCAUUUCUGUGCCUGUGAACUUGUUUGAAAAAAUGGCAGUAGUUUGGGGAUGAGAAGAUGUCCAUUGAUUUUUCCUUCUUUGUCCUAAUAAAAAAUGGUGUUACUCUGAAGUUGACUGAUACCUGUUAAAGCCAUUUACAUUAAGUUCAAAGUGGUUGGUUUUAAGGAUUUGAUACAUGUUGAAAAAAAAAUUGAAAAAGAAAU